UUUCAUCAGUUUCUUUUCUCAUUCUAAACAAAACUGCACAAGAUGAAUUGUGUGUUAAUUAUAAGUUUGAUUCUUGCUGUUGGGGUUUAUUCUGCUAAAUUGCCUGAAUAUUUAACAAAAUGCCAAAAAGGCCCAGAUAGCUCAGAUUGUGUGAAAACAAAUACACAAGCUGUUAUUGAUGCCCUCAUCAAAAACGUUGGUGAGCCAAAAUUCAAACUCCAAGGAUUAACUCCAAUCCACGUAGAUAAAAUAGAUCUGCAAGCCACAUCACAACUCAAAGUUAUUUUAUCCAAUGUUGACUUCUUCGGUUUUAACGAACUGCAACCCGCUGGGGGCGGCGUUACUGAGGAAACUCUUCAAGUCAAAGCGCAUCUUCCACGCGUUGAACUUGUAGGUGAUUACGACAUCAACGGUAAAAUUCUUAUUCUGCCAAUUCAAGGGCAAGGCACUUUCAAUAUCACCAUGGUUGAUUUUGACGUGGAUUACACUGCGAAGCUUUUAGUAGAGGAGCGCAAAGGCAAGAAGUAUUAUCAAGUCGCAAACGAUGAUAACACCGUGUUGAAAAUUGAUAAAAUCAAGCGGGUGCAUUGGCAAUUCAAGAAUUUGUUCAAUGGCGACGAUCGUCUUGGUCCCGAAAUGAAUAGAUUCUUGAAUGAGAACUGGAAAGAAGUUUUCGGUGAAGUACAACUUGCAAUUGAACAAACAGCUGCGUUUUCCAUCGUUAAUUAUUUUAUCAAUGGAUAUUUACAUUAUAUUCCAAUUGAGGAACUGUUCUAGGAAUAGUUUCAAGUGUUUUUGAUACGUAUUAUAAGUGUAAAUCAUUAAGAAAAUAACAAAAUUUAUCUAAAACUGAUUCACAACAGCAUAUUAUUAAAUAAAUUUAAAACGUAUUAACUUUACAA